AUGCAGGCAAGUGUGUCUGUUUUUAUAAAAUGUCCCUUUUUUGGAAAUACCAUGGGAUAUAACAGAAUCUGUUAGGAAUAUUUAACAUGAUGUAAAUGUGUUUUAUUUUAAGAAGUCACAUGGUUAUGUAAUAUUAAUGUAUUUUUGCAUGUAUGAUUGUUUGAGUGAUGGAGAGGGUCUGGCAUGGCCGGUGCUGUCACACAGGUGCCUCAUAAACUGAGAAGCAUUGGAUCCAGCCUCUCACACCCAAACCCACCUUAUGGCCUCCAUCUACCCGCCCUCAUUAGAGGACUCAGCUGAGGUGAAGGAGGGCUUCCUGUGCCCUCUCUGUUUGAAGGACCUCCAGUCGUUCUACCAGCUACAAGGCCACUAUGAAGAGGAGCACUCCGGUGACAACCGGCACGUUGGUGGUCAGCUGAAAAGCCUGGUGCAAAAGGCAAAGAAAGCCAAAGACAAGCUGUUAAAGCGGGAUGGAGAUGAGCGGACAGACAGCAGCUAUGAAUCAUUUUAUUAUGGAGGAGUGGACCCCUUCAUGUGGGAGCCGCAGGAGCUCGGAGCCACCCGCAGUCACUUGGAUUUCUUCAAGAAGCAAAGAGCUGCAAGAAUUGAUCAUUAUGUUAUUGAAGUCAACAAAUGCAUUAUACGACUGGAAAAGCUAACGUCCUUUGACAGAACCAACAUGGAUGCAGCUCAAAUAAGAUCACUUGAGAAGUCAGUGGUAUCGUGGGUGAAUGAUCAGGAUGUGCCAUUUUGCCCUGAUUGUGGGGGCAAAUUCAACAUCCGCAACCGCCGCCACCAUUGCAGACUCUGUGGGUCCAUUAUGUGCAGAAAGUGCACAGAGUUUAUUCCUCUGCCACUGGCAUAUAAAUUAACCAGUGGAACAAGGGAGGCCCUGUGGGCUCCUGGCCAGAGUGGGUCUCCUGGAUCUGCAGGCCCAGUGAUGCAGCAGACUUCUCGCCGCGGCUCCAUCAACAGCAUCUCAUCUGUCACAUCUGUGUUGGAGGAGAAAGAUGAGGAUCGUGUACGUUGUUGCCGUCACUGCAUGGACGCACUACUCCGGCAUCAGCACAAACUGGAGGAAAAAGACCACGUGCCCGAUAUCGUCAAACUCUAUGAGAGGUUAAGGACAUGUAUGGAGAAAGUUGAAGCUAAAGCUCCAGAGUACACACGCAUGGCAGAGUCUCUCAAUGCUGGGGAGACGACCUGUAAUCUAGAGACUGCUGCUGCACUGAGGAUGGAGAUACUGAAAUACUAUGAGCUCCUUGAUGUUCUGAGUAAGAAGAUACUUGCGCUCGGGCUAAAAGACGAGGUCCAGCCUCACCCAAAAGCCCUGCAGCUGCAAAGGAUGGUGCGCUACACAGCUACACUUUUUAUACAGGAGAAACUGUUGGGUCUGACGUCGCUCCCCACCAAGGAGAAAUAUGAGGAGCUUAAAGAGAAGAGAAGAGAGGAGCAGGAGAAAAGGACGCAGAAAGAGAGACAGGCAGGUCUGGAGGCACAGAAGCGUCGAAUGGAAAAUGAUCAUGACCGACUGGCCCUCGGUGCAAAUGAAAACGUUUCAGGUCCACGCAUAACCAAAGCUGGUGGCUGGCUGCCACAAUCAGACACUCUGCAUACUCGCUCCGAGCUGGACGACCCUCUCCUGCAACAGAUCAAAAACAUAGAGUCGUUCUUACGGCAGGCGCGCUCCGCAAACCGCACCGAUGAAGUGGCCAUGCUGGAGGAGAACCUGCGGCAGCUGCAGGACGAGUUUGACGCUCAGCAGACCAGUCGAGCCAUCCAGCUUUCACAGAGGUUCGCUGAGGAGACAGACCUGCAGCAGAGACAGAUCAAACAUCUGCAGCAGAGAGAGCUCGAGUACAGGAACCAGUCAAAACACUCUUCCUUGGAUUUCAGAGACCGAGAAGAUGUUCAGAAAAGAGAAGAGGAGGGAGAACAUUUGAUUGGAAGCCCUGGGUCUUCACAGUCUUUGUCACGUCUAUUAGGAAACUCUCCUCCCUUAGAGAGGCAAAGAGAUAAACACACACCAACUGCACCCACCAGAAACCCCUUUGACGAGGAGCGUUUCUCUCCUGCUGAGGAAGAACCGACAAACUCUCAGACAGCCAAUGGAAAGAAAGAGCACAACCCGUUUGAGGGAGAAAACGAUGAAAUGGAAGAACCAGGUACAGCUAAAGUGAAGUCAGCUAGAAAUCCUUUUGAAGAUGACGAUUAUGAAGAUAGAGGUAACCCUUUUAAAGAGGUUUCCGAUGAGAUUCCAGCUGCCUCAACCAAUCCGUUUGAUGAAGAGGAUGAUGAGGAUGGCACAGCAGUUGAUGACAUGAUUGAGGAAGAGCUACUUCUACAACAGAUCGAUAACAUCCGGGCAUAUAUCUUUGACGCCAAGCUGAGCGGACGCUCUGAUGAAGUGGAGCUUUUGUCUGAGAACCUAAAGGAGCUGCAAAAAACACUACAAGAGCAGAAAAGAAAAAAAUAGUGGCCGUCACAAACUCAUUUUGUAAUUGAUGAGGCUUGUUUUCAGUUACAAAUAACAAUGUAAGCUACUGAUGCAUUUGACAAAAAUAUAAAAAAAAUUUCUAUGCAAGAAUGCAUAGAAGUAGGACAAUUUGUGAUCAGAACAACUGAAUAUCUGUUGCAUUGAUUUAAAUUUGUAAUUUAAUUUUUUUUUUAAACAUAGCGAGUCUUGGCUUUGCUAAAUAUUCAAAUAUUGUAUGUCAACAAAAUCUUAAUCUUGCAUUAUGUAGUUUCAAGUCAAAUAAAUAGGUAGGUUUUAUGGAAGUGGUUGAAAUAUCUGAAGUAAAGAAUUUUCUGUUCAGCAAAGUCAGUAUUUCAUGCUCAUAGCUACUUCGAUUCAGAAUACAUUUUGCUUUAGAAUUUUAUGAAAAUCUCAGUUUAUGUAUCAAAGUCUAGCUUGAAUGCACACCUGCAGCUUUGAACUUUUUUUGUAUUAUUAUUGAUCUAAUGGAUAACCAGCACUUCACUAAAUAGAAACCUUGAUUUCCUGUGUUUCUAUCUUUGAAACAUCAAAGGGAUAGUUCACUCAAACAUGAAAAUCCUUUCACUAAUUACUCGUCGUUCCAAACCAUUGUAUUUUUUUUUUCCUUUGGAACUAUUUUUGUCCAUACAAUUGAAGUUGAUGCUGUCAGAAACAAUAUUUGAACUCUGAUUCAACAAAUCUGUAAUACUAAACAGAUAGUUCACCCAAAAAUCAAUAAUUGUGUUUGUUUUUUGGGCUUGUACAAUAAAAGUAAUAACAGAUGUCUGUUUUUUAGUUAGUAUACAUUGUUUUAUUCCAUUAGAAGUACUGAUUUCUAUUGCACCUAAAUGUAUAAAGCAAUUAUACAAAUACAUCCAAUGUUAUGGAAACCAGUGUUGGCAUAACAAACUUAUGCAUAGUUAUCAUAAUUGCCUGCUGCGCCUCUAAAUAGCUGUGCAAAAACUGUACCAUUUGUAUGUUAAAUCUCCUGGAUUUUGCUUGCAUGUUUUAUCAGUCCUUCAAAAAGACAUAAAAACUGGUGAGUUCUGUCUUCUAUUAACUCAAGGCUUUCCUGUACAGAGAACAGACUGUGGCUGAAUGUAAUGCUUUUUGUAAUUGUAAUUAUGUUUUUGUGAUCGGAGUAACAUAUUGUGACUAACAACCUGUCCAUUAGCUUUUGGAUUAUGUUGCGUUUACACUGAGCAAUAUCCGGUAUCAUAAAUGUAACACUAAUAAUUAAUAAAAUUCACUGAAUGAAAA